AUGACCAGAGCCCUUAUUUCCUGGGUUAUCGACUAUGGGGCAUAUAUUAUAUACACCAAAGCAGGAAACCUCGAGCAGAAUAAAAAAAUCAGAAGAAUUGAAUCUGCCGCCUUGAGAGCAGCCAUGGGAUAUCGGAUGUCUACCCCUAUCGCAGUCAUGUACGCUGAUACAGGGUUCGUAGGACACCAUCUAAGAGCAAAACAAGCUGCAAUUAGAUAUUGGCUCAAGGAAAUGGAAAAAUCAGAAAGCAAUCAGACAUCGGAAAACAGCUUCAAUUGGAAAGAGAAGAUCUUAAAUAAAAGAAAAAACCUGGACAAAAUAUAUAUAGAUAAGGAAUCAGGCAAAAAAUUUGAAACUGGAGCAAUUCCCUUAAAUACGAUCAACCAAUUCCUGAUGGAUAAACACAACGUUAAAGAAGAGGAUACAAUCAUAUGUUAUACGGAUGGAUCAAAACAAGAGAAUAAAACCUCAAACGGAAUAGGAAUAAUCUUCAACUUACCCCAAGGAAAGACCAUAGAAACCGGUUACAGUAUACAUAAAGAAGCAACAAUCUACAUCACAGAAGCCAUAGUUCUCAUAGGUCUUGAAAGUGUAAUAGAAAAACUCGAUACCACAGACAAAAGAUGCAAUAACGCAUGGAUACUGACAAUUUAUAAAGCAUUGAUAAAUCUGAAGAACCGAGAAAAAAUAGUCCUGGUAUGGGUCCCAGGUCAUCAAGGAAUCCCAGGAAAUGAGAAAGCGGACAUCCUCGCGAAAGAGUGCACCAACCAUGGGAAGAUAUACCAAUCUUAA